GGCCGAUGAGGAUGGAGGCGGGGCUUGGCUCGGUGGGCGUGGCCUCCGCUCCCGCUCCGGUCGCCCGUGGAGACACCGGGAGCGGCGCUCGGAUCAUUACACCGAUAAAAUCAAGGCAAGCUGGACAGGGAGCAGGUCUGCCUAUGUAGAGCUCCCCUGCCCCUCUGAAAAUGUCAGGCAAAACAGCCACCACGAGCAACAACAUCGCGCAGGCCCGCAGGACCGUGCAGCAGCUGCGCAUCGAGGCCUCCAUCGAGAGGAUAAAGGUGUCCAAGGCCUCGGCUGACCUGAUGCUGUACUGUGAGGAGCACGCCAAGAAGGAUCCCCUGCUGAUGGGCAUCCCAGCCUCCGAGAACCCCUUCAAGGACAAGAAAACCUGCAUUUUGUUAUAGGGCAGGGGGGCAGCUCCUGCUGCCCAGCCCCUGGGCCAAGCACCACCACUCCCCCAGGUACCUGCACCCCGUGGGCACCCCCUGAGCUCCCCAAGGCGUUCCUGCUGGCCCUGUCCCCCUUAGGAGCUUUCUGCCUCUCUGUCCUGCCCAAGGGAAUGGGGUCCUGGUGCCAUUUGCCAACUCCAGCACGACCAAAGUUGCCUGAGCUUUGCAGACAAAGCAGAGCUGUAGAGACCUGAUGGAAUCACUGGGUUUACAUUUUAUAAAAUUAUGGAUUUUUUUUUUUUUUUUUUUUGUUUUUUUUGGGGGGGUGAUGCCUGGCACCUGUUUGUGCACAGGCACGCUCAAAGUGCAUUUUCUAGCAAAAUCUACCUUGCAAAAUGAUUGUAGCAGCUGCUGGGGAGCUCCAGGGAGCUCUGCCUCAGCCUUCCUCCUGCUGGCCUCUCAUCCCAGGGCUUUCAAAGGACAGAGAUGGGAAUCAGGGAUGUUUCCCCUGCUUUCUGUGAGUUGGAAAAGCAGAAUUUCCAGCUUGGAUUCUGCUGCGUUUUUUUCUCAAAAAACCACCUCUGUUAGUAUAAAACACAUCCUCAAAGAGAUGAGGAAAGAAAGAGAGGCUGGAAGUGCCCUGGCAGAGCUGGAGGAACGCUGCCCUCGCUCCCAAUCCCAGCUGGGUUCUGAGCAGGGAGUCACAACUUGACUCAUUUUUAUAAAAAAAUCCAUUUUUAAACAGGAAAAAUGCCAAAUUAGCUCCAGCUUGUGGUUAUGCAUCUAUAAUUGAGGGCCUUUCCAUCUAGUAUAUAUUUUAUAUAUACACAUAAUAAAAAAGUCUUUCUCUGUG